GAAUAUGAAAGUGUGGACUAUAUUAAUUUAAUUCAAGAUAAAAUGCAAUGGCUAGCUUUGUGGACUCGGUAAUGAAGGUAGGGGAUUUCUGGGCCACGUGAGCGAUUAUGAACUUAUAAAGAAAGUUUCUGGAGUUAGUCAAACUGACAUUCCUUUAACAGAGACUACACACCAGCUAGCUCAUUAAUGAUUGUGACAAGGAUGAAUGCGGAACGAAACAUAUUACUGUUGACUGAGACGUAGAAAUUGUUAAUUUAUGUUCGUUAUUUACACAGCUACUGAACCGUUUCUCUUUGCACUGUGUCACACAGUACUUAUUGACAAAGCCUGAUAUAACACACGGAUUCUUUAUGACAUUUCGGCACCUACAUUAGUUUGGUUUGUGUAUAUAUAUUGCGAGAAACACUGCUACAGACACAUUUUUUCUGCUUCCAUCAGACUACAAGGCAACAACGUACAAAAUGGUUGCCAAAAUAUACAUCACUUUCUCUGCUAUAUGUAUGCUUCAUGUUGUGAGCUCUGGGUUGCUUGGAUUGGCUGUCCAACCUCUGACGACUCCUAUACUGACCGAGAUUAAAACUGUGAUAAGUAACCUCCAGAACGUCCUUACAGGCUCAGGCGAAAAGGCCGAUAAGUUACUUCAGAAGUUGAAGUACAAGAGUUCCGAUCCAGAAGGUAUUCUCGGACUGGUGAAGGAGAUUGAUAUGGCCAUCUCGCAAGUAGUUCCGGUUGACGUAGCCACUGACAUCAGUCCGUGUUUCGACGUGGGCAAGCCGAAUAUCUCAGAAAUGGUAAAGAAAGCAGGAGAGGGGGCGCAGGCCUGCUACAAUCAGGUGGAUACAGAGCUGCAGCCAUACAGAAACAACCUCCAGCAGACAAUCCAGAAGACCUACCAACUCAUGACGGAAGCUCAGAAUAACCUAACAUCAUGCAUUCUGGCGCUGGGAGGUAUCGUCUCCUGCACUGCGAAGGUUAAGAAGCAAGUGUUCUCGGCGAGAGACCGGUACGUGGCCGACAGCGACUACGAAACGAAGGCCAGCCAGGUCGUCAAAGAGUUCCAGGAUUGUUCAAUCUUGGUGGAGGAUAACGCAAUAGCCACAGCCGUAAAGGUUAUCCAGACUGCACGCCAGUGUAUCCGGUCCAAGAUCAGCCCCGCUACAAAAUAGUUCAGCGCUAUACAGUUUUGUUUCUUAUUACUGUACUGGUCAUUACUGCCGUGCGAAUAAACUGAAUAAAGCAUAA